GGGGCGGGGCGUGCGGCGGAAGCGGCGGCGGCGGGCGGGUCGGCAUGGAGCCCGCGGAGGGUCCGGGGGCGCUGGGCCUGCACGGCGACGAGGAGAUCAUCGAGGUGGUGGAGCUGGGCCCACCCGGGCCGGAUGACCUGGCCGAGGAGAUGGAGGACGUGGACUUUGAGGACGAGGGGGCAGACGAGCCCGAUGCCGAGGCUUGGGAUUCGGAGGAUGACGAGGGGGUGGAGGAUGGCAUGGAGGCGCAGGACGACAGUGAGGUCACGUUCUCCCUCCACUCGGCUUCUGUUUUCUGCGUGAGCCUCGACCCCAAGACCAACACGCUGGCGGUGACCGGUGGGGAGGAUGACAAGGCCUUUGUGUGGCGUGUGAGCGACGGGGAGCUGCUGUUCGAGUGCUCAGGACACAAGGACUCGGUCACCUGUGCCGGUUUCAGUCACGACUCUGUGUUUGUGGCCACGGGUGACAUGUCUGGGCUUAUCAAAGUGUGGCGGGUGGAUGCCAAGGAGGAAGUGUGGUCCUUUGAGGUGGGGGACCUGGAGUGGAUGGAGUGGCACCCUCAAGCCCAUGUCCUUCUGGCGGGCACGGCUGAUGGCAACACCUGGAUGUGGAAGAUCCCCAGUGGGGACUGCAAAACCUUCCAGGGCCCUGCAUGCCCAGCCACGUGUGGCAGGAUCCUGCCUGAUGGGAAGCGGGCGGUGGUGGGGUAUGAGGAUGGGACCAUGCGCAUCUGGGACCUGAAGCAGGGAACUUCACUGCAUGUCCUUAAAGGCCAGGAUGGCCACCAGGACCCCUUGACGUGUGUGGCCAGCAACCAGGAUGGCAGUUUGAUCAUGACGGGCUCUGUGGAUUGUCACGCCAAGCUGGUCAACUCCGCCACAGGCAAGGUGGUGUGCGUGUUCAAGAUGGAGAGUGUGGCCCCUAAGGCACCCAUCGGUGAGGGCGAGGAGGCAGAGUCCAAUUCGGUGGAGUCGCUGGGCUUCUGUAAUGUGAUGCCACUGGCUGCUGUGGGCUACCUGGAUGGCACACUGGCUAUUUAUGAUGUCUCCACACAGAGCCUGAGGCAUAAGUGCCAACAUGAGUCUGGGAUUGUGCAGCUGCUGUGGGAGGAGAGCUCGGCCGUGGUUUACACCUGCAGCCUGGACGGGGCCGUGCGGCUCUGGGACGCCCGCUCGGGGAAGAUGAUCAGCGAGUACCGAGGGCACUCCGCCGAAAUCCUCGACUUUGCUGUCAACAAGGAUGCCUCCAUUGUGGUGACCACCUCUGGCGACCACCAAGCCAAAGUGUUCUGCGUCCAGCGCCCCGAUCGCUAGAACUGUGCCAAGGGAUGGAGUCCCGGCACUGCCCGGCAGCUCGUGUACAGAGGGAUGAUGGAGAUGGUGUCACUACCCUUCUCCAGCGUGUGCUUUGUAAUUUUCCAGCCUGCCCUGCUUUGCCCUCCCCAUCUAGGGGCCAAGCCUGGGGUUUUGUAUGAAGAUGACUUUUAAUUAUAUAAAUUAUUUCACUUAA